GCAUAACUCGUCUCUGCUAUUUUCAAGUUGUAAGCGAUUUGCCACUUCUAUUUCCAACAAAAAGACAGAGAUUUCAUCCGUUACAACAAAUUCGUUCACAAUUCUCUUUUUCUCUAAUGGAUUCCUUACCUACCUAUGAUCUUAGUCAGUCUGACUUGUCAUUAGCUAUGUUACUGCAGUUGGGCCUAGCUUCAAUUAUUAUUCCAGCUUCCAACACUCCUGUUAUUCUGGCCUCUGAGUCAAUUAUUUCUGUGGUUUUCCCUCACAACAACGUCCGUAUGUCUAAGAUCUUGGUACGCGAUUUGCUUCAUCGUGGGUCCCAAUACACAUAUUCUUCAACAACAAUCUGA